UCUCAAUCUUCUUCAUUAGCGUCGCCCAGUCUUUUCUGUAUCUCUCUGGUCAAUAUGGCCUCUGGGCGGAAGGACUUUUUGAGCCAGCCUGCUCCUGAGAACUACGUUGCGGGCCUGGGCAGAGGUGCGACUGGCUUCACUACUCGUUCGGACUUGGGGCCUGCGCGGGAAGGUCCCACGCCUGAACAAAUCCAAGCAGCGCUCGCGAAGAGGGCACAGCUGCUAGGGGCAGCUCCACCGACGGCAUACGGCGCAGGGCGUGAGAAAGGUGGCAAAGAAGACAAAGCUGAGGAAGAGGAGGACGAUGAGCGUUUUCAGGACCCAGAUAAUGAAGUUGGGCUUUUCGCAUACGGACAGUUCGAUCAAGAAGAUGACGAAGCCGAUCGAAUAUACAGAGAAGUGGACGAGAAGAUGGAUAAACGUCGGAAAGCAAGAAGGGAAGCUCGGGAACGCCAAGAACGAGAAGACUAUGAACGUAAAAACCCGAAAAUUCAGCAGCAGUUCGCCGAUUUAAAGCGAUCAUUAGCCUCUGUCUCCGAAGACGAUUGGGCCAACCUCCCAGAAGUUGGAGAUCUGACAGGAAAGAAUAGACGAGCGAAGCAGAAUCUCCGACAACGAUUUUACGCGGUACCGGAUAGUGUUCUCGCUAGUGCAAGAGACUCGACCCAAUUUGAGACCACCGUUACGGACGAUGGCGCUUAUACUGAUGUUCGUGGAGAAGAAGGGGCAGAUGGCACAAUAACAAAUUUCGCAGAUAUCAGUGCUGCUCGUGAUAAAGCCCUUAAAGUCAAGCUUGAUCAGGCAGCAGUAGGCUCAUCUGGGGACUUGGCUUCCGGAAGUGUGACUAGCAUCGACCCAAAGGGUUAUCUUACGAGUCUUACACAGUCUGAGCUCAAAGCUGGUGAAGUGGAGAUCGGAGAUAUCAAACGAGUUCGCGUUUUGCUGGAGUCUGUAACGAGAACCAACCCCAAGCACGCACCUGGGUGGAUUGCACUUGCUCGUCUAGAAGAGCUUGCUGGUAGGAUCGUGGCUGCUAGAAACUGCAUCGCUAAAGGUUGCGAGCUGUGUCCAAAAAGCGAGGAUGCAUGGCUUGAAAAUAUUCGGCUUAACGAAGGUCAUAAUGCCAAGGUUAUCGCUGCAAAUGCUAUUCAGAACAAUGAUCGCUCCACACGACUGUGGGUUGAAGCGAUGAGGUUGGAAUCCGAGCCUCGCGCAAAGAAGAAUGUUCUGAGACAGGCUAUUCUCCAUAAUCCCCAGUCUGUUACCAUCUGGAAAGAGGCUGUCAACUUAGAAGAAGAUCCUGCCGAUGCACGCCUUCUUCUCGCAAAGGCAGUGGAGAUGAUACCACUAUCUGUGGAGCUAUGGCUUGCCCUUGCCCGCCUCGAGACGCCCGAAAAUGCCCAAAAGGUCUUGAAUGCUGCUAGAAAAGCUGUCCCUGCGAGUCAUGAGAUAUGGAUUGCUGCUUCACGGCUACAAGAGCAAAUGGGUACUUUCCAUAAAGUGAAUGUGAUGAAGAGAGCUGUGCAGUCCCUCGCCAGGGAAAAUGCCAUGCUCAAGCGAGAGGAGUGGAUAGCAGAGGCUGAAAAAUGUGAAGAGGAGGGAGCAAUUCUCACUUGCGGUGCUAUCAUCCGUGAGACUUUAGGUUGGGGUCUAGACGAGGAUGAUGAUCGGAAAGACAUUUGGAUGGAUGACGCAAAAGCUAGUAUUGCUAGGGGCAGGUUUGAGACUGCGAGAGCUAUGUAUGCCUAUGCAUUGCGCGUGUUUGUUAACCGCAAGUCUAUCUGGCUUGCAGCAGCAGAUCUGGAGCGCAAUCAUGGCACGAAGGAAGCCUUAUGGCAGGUUCUGGAAAAGGCUGUGGAAGCUUGCCCUCAAAGCGAAGAAUUGUGGUUGCUCCUUGCGAAAGAGAAAUGGCAAACUGGAGAAAUUGAUGAGGCUAGGCGGGUGCUAGGCCGCGCUUUCAAUCAGAACCCCAACAAUGAGGAUAUUUGGCUUGCUGCCGUUAAGCUCGAGGCAGAGGCCCAACAAACAGAUCAAGCUAGAGAGCUCCUUGCAACUGCUCGUCGAGAGGCCGGGACAGAUCGCAUUUGGACUAAAAGUGUUGCUUUUGAGCGGCAACUGGGCAAUGUGGAUGAAGCACUUGAUCUAGUGAAUCAGGGCCUCCAACAAUAUCCGAAGACAGACAAGCUUUGGAUGAUGAAGGGGCAAAUCUACGAGUCUCAGAACAAGUAUCCUCAAGCUCGUGAGGCGUAUGGAACAGGGACCCGGGCCUGUCCCAAGUCUGUUCCCUUGUGGCUGUUGGCUUCAAGACUGGAAGAAACGGCUGGUGCAGUCGUCAAGGCUCGCUCGAUUCUUGACAGAGCUCGUCUUGCUGUCCCUAAGAAUGCUGAGCUUUGGACGGAAAGUGUCCGAGUUGAACGGCGUGCGAACAAUAUCGGCCAAGCCAAGGUAUUGAUGGCCAAAGCAUUGCAGGAAGUCCCAACGUCUGGAUUGCUAUGGAGCGAGAGUAUUUGGCAUCUCGAGCCGCGGGCCCAACGGAAAGCUCGUAGCUUGGAGGCCAUCAAAAAAGUCGAUAAUGAUCCAAUAUUAUUCAUUACAGUAGCGCGGAUCUUCUGGGGAGAGCGUCGAUUGGAGAAAGCAAUGACAUGGUUUGAAAAGGCCAUUGUGUCCGACAGCGAUCUUGGGGACGGGUGGGCUUGGUAUCUCAAGUUCUUAUUGCAGCAUGGUACAGAGGAGAAAAGGGCAGAUGUCAUAUCGAAGUGCGUUUCCACUGAGCCCAAACAUGGCGAAGUCUGGCAAUCGGUGGCUAAAGAUCCUAUUAACGCUCACAAGUCGACUGAAGAGAUUUUGAAGAUAGUCGCAGAGCGACUCUCGUAAGUAAUGAAUAGGCUUGCAGUUCCACCCAUGUUAUAGUACAUUGUAUAUACCUAAAAAUCGUAGAUCAUGGCGUUGGAAGGCGAAGUAGCCUUGAUUAUCUUCAAAUGGUUACCCCCAUCACGAGAUAGAAAUU